CAUUUGUGACCAAGUUGUUCACACAUAAGAGCUCUGAAUAAUGUAAAAUUAGCAUCAUAUUUGUCAAAUAUGCAUUCUUUUCCAUUAGUUUAUUUAAUCUGCAAAACAUGUGAAAUACUAGAUGAAGGGGGGAAACCCUUCAAAAGUUCCAACAUUUUCAAUAUAAAAAGCAUGUCAGCUGGUGGGCCCAACCGGAAGUGGGCCCACCAAUAACAUUCUACUUGAGGCCUCUUACAAACUUGGGUCGGCCCUGUGUAAUAUAUAAAAGUGUGACACUUUUGUUCCUCUGUUUGUCUGCAAAAGGAUUCCAGCUAUGUGACUCAUGCUUGCAGUACACACGCCACUGCUAAUGUACAGCACAACAAUAAAACGCUGCUUUCAGUGGAAAUCGGAGGAGAGACUCCCAGAAACCGCCAGCUCGACUGUGUUGCAGCUCCCUCUGCUUCCUCUCUCCUUCUCCUGGCCGUGUUGCUGCUCCCUCCGCUCCUCCUGCUCCCUCUCUCCAUCUCCGUGUGUUUAUAGGAGUUGAGCUCAUGCACAGUCGCCCCCUUCUCAGCUGAACAGAGGCUGCGAUGCAUAAUUCACUUCCAGCCCGGGGACGCCACAGACUCGCCCCUACAGUAGAGCCGAGCCUCCGGAGCUGCAGCCGCUGCGCAGCCCGCGGACCUAGGCGCUGAUGCGGCCGCGUCCAGCUCGCUGCUCCAGCACGGAUGGAGAUUCAACCUUGGAGGAGGGCGAGCGCCGCGCGUGAUCCAGGUACCGCAUGACUUCCUGCGACACGAACCGAAGAAGGACGAUGCUGAUCUGCAGUGUAAACAUUGCCAUGCCCUGCCUCAUGCAGCACCUCCUCCGACUCUGUGUCUGCUGCGCCGCCAGCCCAGGACACUGGGUUCUGUUUUAGGGGAUCGCCGCUCUCGGAGUUAAUAUUUUUGGAGUUGUGUUCGGGAUAGGGAGGCCACACUCUGCUCUGUAGCCUACUUUAGUGAUCGGACACCCUGACUUUGUUGGGGUCAUGUUGAGCGGCCAUGCUGCAGGCAGCAUCCUGCGAUCUGUUCCCAACCUGAGCUGAACUGAUGUCUGAAACAGGAAACUACAACCUUUGCUGUGAUACUGGUGAUGUUUCUUCAGCUCUGCAGCUACUUCACUUUACAAACAUCAGCUCCUCUGGCUUUACAAGGAUGUGAUCAGCUGCAGACCUGGUCUAAAUGAUCUAAAUGAGCAGAACAUUUCUGAUAUUAAUCAAACUGCUUGGUGGGACCAGUGUCCUUAUUAUCACAGUUCAUACUGAGGCAGCUCCAUGGGGGCCAAGCAGAGCAAAGGCCAGGAGCCCGGUGGGGCCAGUCCUCAGCACAGCUGGAAACGGACUCCCACCAAGGAGAAGGGGGACAUUUUGGCCUCCCUGAUGCUGAAGUCUGGAGACCGGCUGAACCGAGCGGGGACACCGCCGCCGCCAUACCAGCGCCGGAUUGGGAUGAUCCAGGAGAUGAUGAUGAUGGCCAAGCAGGGCAAGCAGGAUGAAGCCACAGAGAUGCUGAAGACGCUCAGACAGGAUCUGGGAAUGGAGUCAACGUCUUUGGAUGACGUUCUGUAUCGCUACGCCAGCUUCAGAAACCUGGUCGACCCCAUCACACACGACCUGAUCAUCAGCCUCGCCCGAUACGUCCACUGCCCCAAGACGGAAGGAGACUCUCUCGGGGCGAUGGAGAAGGUUUGUCGUCAGCUGACGUACCAUCUCAGCCCCCACUCCCAGUGGAGAAGACAGGGACUGCUCAAGAGGAAGCCUCAGGCCUGCCUAAAGGUGGUGCUGUCAGCCCCGUUGUCCAGUGGCGCCCUGGAUCUGUCUGGCAUCCCUCUAACGACUCGCGACAUGGAGCGUCUGUCUGCACACCUGCAGCGUCACGCGUCCAACGUGGUCAGCUUGGAGCUGGGCUUCACCGAGCUGACUGACGAGGCUUUCCUCCAGCUCCUCCCCACGCUGGCUGCUCUGCCGCACCUGGAGACCCUGGCUCUGAACGGAAACAGACUGACCAGAGCUAUUCUGAAGGAGCUCACUGAUGCCCUGAAGGAUCCAAGCAGUUUUCCAAGUGUGACAUGGAUUGAUUUGGGGAACAACGUGGACAUCUUCUCCUUGCCUCAGCCCUUCCUGGUCAGCCUGAGGAAGCGCUGCCCCAAGCAGGGCAACCUGCCCACCAUCCUGGAGUUUGGCGAGAGUCAGGCCAGCGACCCUCCCGAAAGGCCAAGGGGUCUCGGAGAGGAGGAAGAGACGGAUGAUACCAACCUGACUGAGAGCAUGGGCGAGCUCCGAUCGGAGGUGGAGGAGGAGAUGGACGGAGAGACGGAGAUUGAGGAGAUGAUGGAAGAGCUGUUGGACUUCGACAGGGAGAUUCAGGGCAAAGACGACGAGGAGGACAGCAUGUGGACACUGGGGGAGCAGCGGAGAGCGACAGUGAGGAGCAGGAGAGCUUGGCGAGAGGAGGAAGAGAAGGAGAAGGAAAAAGAGAAGGAGGACCAGAGGAGAGACAUAAGACCCGGGAGGAGGGCGGUGAUGGCGGAGGACGAGGACGACACACAGAGCCGUUCAUCCCGCCUGUCCUUCUCCAGCCAGUCUCAACACUCCUUUGCUGUAGUUGAGCCAAUGAGAGUGGAGGAGGAGGACAUGACGGACCAAUCAGAACAUUUAACCUGAGUGUUGCUCCCAGAUUUGCUUGCGUUUUCCUUCUUGUGUCCCGUCCUGUGUGGACAGAGGCAAUGGGAGUACAGGCUGCAGCGUUGCAUGCGGUCCUCAUGAACAAGCCCCCGCUGAUGAUUUAUGACCAACCGAUCUGAUACGCCUGAGGAUGCACAGAAUAGACUGAUGAGGCUCAAUGCAGAAUGUUGAUCUUUAAUCAGGUCCUUCCUUGUUUUAAUUGUGCUAAUACCUACAUGUGCCUGUAGCACCUCUGUUUGCUGGUUCAAAAUGAGAUGAAACCAAGCUGGAGAACUUUUCCCUCCCACAACCAGCACUGGCAGGAUCAGAAGACGAGCAGAAAUCAAAAGUUAAGCCAUCGGUGUAAAUCUGCUGCUGCAGUCGAACCAAACAGGUGCGCAGUGUUUCACAGGCGGAGAGCAAACCAGUCGCCAUGAAGAAGUUAAAAAAGAAAACUUGCUAUUUUAGACUGAAUGUGUACAGAGGAUAGAUGUGCUAGGACCGACCACGUCUCUAAACAUGAAACAUUUAGAAGUAUUUUUCCUCAUAAUCUAGGUCAUGCUUUUACUCCAUGGUUCAGUACUCGAGCAUGCGUCACAUGCUUACAGCGCUGUGUUUAUAUAUAGCCCCCACCACCCCUAUGGUUGCACUCAGGUAGCAGUAUGUAGCUUUCACCCAGCUGUGCUUUCCCUCCUCGCGUAACAUCAUGCAGAACUUUAACAGAUCAACUGUAUUUUUGGUUGUACUAUAAAUAUCAAAAUAUAUAUAAGAUGUUUGAGGAGAUACCGUGUAGCUUAGUUCUGAGGUUCUGACAACCAAGAGCUCAUAUUUAGUAUUAUUGGAGUCUGGAGCAGCAAUAUUUGUGAGCUAAACUAGUCUAUUAGAUAUUUUAUAAGGGAACAAGUUGUAUUGUUGCAAAGAGACAGACCUAGACAUGUAGAGAAAUAUAUGAGAAUUAAAACGUAGCUUCAUCCAAAUGCAGUAAAUAUGUAGAAAGUCAGGUGUUGCCUUGUUCACAGGUGGAGCUGAACAACCAGGUAAUCAUGUAAGGAAGUCAUCUUUCCGGUUUGACUUAAAAAGUUAGUUUGCCUCUUUUAAAAUUCACACAAACAUUUGGUACAUACGCAUCACCAUUUCGUCCCUUCGUACUUCGUAUCCAUGUACUAAACCAUGAUGUAGGAGUUUGUUUUCCAUUGCUCAAUAAUUGGAAUCAGUGGUUCCAGAAAUGCUCAAAUGGUGAAUAUAAUUUAAUCCGGUUCUAUAUUAUUAUCUGAAAACUGUAUUUCACUCUAUUUAAGGCUUUUGACUCUUAUCAAAUAGGACAAAUUAUGACCCCCAAGCCAUCUACAAUAACUCCAAGCAAUCUUCCUAUUUUAUUAUUGAAAUGUUUGUUGAUUUUUAAAGAGCUUUUGAAAGAAACAACAUAAGAUACAACUAACAUCACAGUCUAAACAAAACAGCAUGUACACACCUUUCAUAACAAAAUAUGAAUACAUUUGCAUCCCAUAAAGACUAAACCUUGUUUAUUAAAAACAAAAAUACAGUCUGGCAUGUAUGAGACCUAUCAAUCAUGACAUUUGGCAGUCAACAAUUCAAAAGAUGCAAACUCAGUUUUUAUCAGGUCCACCUUCACUUUUCCAUUUUCGAAGGAUUCCCCUAGCAGCUGCAACGAAACUAGUUAAUGUUAGAGCAAAUGCAUGUUUAGAAACAUUUGGCAAUCAUGACCUGUCUUCUAAAAGGCAAAGCUAAUAUCUGUCCAACAUCCUCCAGUAGAUUGUGUCUCCUUAUAUUAGAUGACAAGAAUGGAGAAUAACUUCCAUCAGUUGUUAAAGCCAAUAGGAAACAUUCUUUAGUGAGUAUUAAUUGACAAAUAGUCGGUACAAAACAUGCUGAAAAUCUUAUCAAAGAGUGGGUUAUGCAGCGAUCCAAGCUGCAAAGAUACAAAACACUAAAGGGACAAAAAUACAUAAUACUUGGUGAGAAACAAAUGUAUCGCAUUUAUUCGUUUUCAAACAGACUAUAAAGGGAAGAUCAAUGAACACGUGGGAGUCAGGAAGUCUGUGCUACAAAGUGAACUGUGAAGCCUGAACAGAAAGUUUUUGUACAGCUUUAAACAUAAGCUUUGAAUCUGGUAUUUCUAAACUUUAACUGAAACAUCAGAGAAAACGAGAACCUAGAGAGAAAUAUUUCAUUUGUAGCCAGUACCUCUUGUGUUUUGUAAGCUUAAAGGUUCUGUUAGCAUAUAACUUUCUGCUAGUGAAUGAAGCUAACGGCUAGUCCAAGAAGGGCCGGCUUAAAACUGCUAAAGUUUUAAAAACAUCAUAGUGAUUUACACAAACACUGUUUUAUGAACCUUUGAAGGUAGAUAUUUUCAUGGCCUCACUUUUUGUUUAUUUAGAUGAAAAACGAAACUCAUACUUACGACGCAGCAUGCACAAAUUUUUGCUUUUUGCACCACUUUCCUCUUACAUCAGGCAGUUAUAUUGACCUGGAAACCUUUCCAUAUUCCUUUCUCAUUGCAUGUUUCUCUCAGGAGAAUCACUGUUGACAUUCAGCCUCCAACCUCCAUUUUCUGUGUGAAUAACCAUUGGCUCCUCUGUAAAUAACCAUCCAAAGUAAAUAUCUUAACUGUUUAAAGGUUUAUUAAAUAACAUUUUCAUGAACCUCUAAAGGGGUUUAAGAUAUUAAAUUUGUUUUAAGAUGUUAGAAAUCAGUUUUGAUCUUGGCCCUUCUCAGAUUAGCCAUUAACUUUAGCCUGUGGAUCCGUCCAAGCUAGAUGCUAAACGACAAGACCAAGCCUUAAUUAUAAUGCUGAUGAAACGGUAACAGCAAGCAGUAAAAAAAUCAUUUUUAACUGUCUGUGUUGUUGUUUCUGUGCAGAAAUGCAAGAAAUAGAAAAGUAAGUUCUUGAAAAAGAUCUAAUUAUUUUUAGUAGAGAAUCCUCUCACUGAAAUUACAUUUAAAAAAUCUGUUUCUUCAGAAGUACUUUUUAUCUACAAACUGAAAAUAAUGACACAAAAGUAAAGGUUUUUUUGGUUAACUAUCUCGCUAAACACAGAAAAAACUUAAGGAGCACCAAGUUUAUCCUUGGAUGUAAAAUGAAAAUCAUAAACCUGAGUCUGCAAGGAUUUAUUUGAGAGCUGUGUAUAUUUUUGGCUCCUGAUAAGGCAGCUUUUAGAUCAUGUUCAAUGUUCACCUACAGUAAGAAAUGUGAACAGGGCCAUGUGGGUACCCUAAGAACAAAUGCUUUGUGGUUAUCCCUAUGAGUUAAAAAUGUUCAGUACAUUUCUCCUUAUAUGUUGGUGAAAAAUUAAGACUAACAAAGACAGCAGAUUUCAACUGGGAUUAAGAAAGUCUGCAGAACAUUUUCUUGUUAAGUUAAAUAUUUAUUUUUGACUAACAAACUAAUACUGCUGUUUGAAGUAAAUCAUUUUUGAAGCAGGACAGGUGAGAUGGGAUCAUUUUCCUGUCUUUUUUGCUUUUGCAUUUAUCAUUUUUCACGUUUUUCAUUUGUUCAAAGCAGUAUUGUUGCUUCGGUAGUGAAUAACUGCAUACAAAACUAUUCUAUUCUGUGUUUCUUUCUGUCUACAACAGUAAAAUAAUUUCGGUGAGUCAUCCUGCUAACUUCCAGCAGAGUGGCUCACACGGUUUCUGUAGACCAGGGCUUGCAAGUCCAGUCCGUCAGAGAUACUGUCAUGCAACUUUCAGAUGCACCCAUGUCUCAACACACAAAUGGCUGAAUCCCCUCAUCACCAUGUCAUUCAAUUCAUUCAGGAUACGUCUAAAAGCUGCAGGAACGCGCAUCCCUGGGCACAAAACCUUACCUGAUGAGCACUUUACAGUGAACAAGAGAGCACCCAUGUACUACUAGGUGCCUGCUUCAUGUUUAAGUCCAGCCCAAUCAAAAUCCCCAAUCCAAUGAGUGCUAUCAGUUUAGACAUUAACAGACCCUGUGAGGGUCUGCUAAGGCCAGUUUCUGCAGAUCUAGGCUGACGAUGCACCACCUGUUGGACUUUGUUCUGCACUUAUUUCUUGCUUGUGUUGCUGCUUCACACUGCUGAGAGGAGAUCUUCAAUGUGCCUCUGUUGCUCAUUUUGACCCGAUAUUGCAGUACAGUCACUUGAUCUUCGAGUGGAACUAAAUAAGCUUUAAAAAGGGAAAAGAUUCGUUUUUAUUCUCAUCUAGAGUCAACAGGUUCACUCUGCAAGAUGGGGCUCUUACUUUCUCUCUUGUAAAACUUACUAACGACAUCGAUCACUGACACAACACAACUGCAGUUAGUUUCUAAUAGAUUCAGCCACAUCAUGAUAAUGGCAAAUCAAACUGUAGCGUCAGUCAGACAUUAGCACACCAUGGUCUCUUUGAACCACCACAGCUCCAGAUGUUUUUUAUGUUUAUGACUUCAGUCUUAAGUGAUCAAACGAUGGGCCAAAUGACAUCACUUCAGGACAUUUCUCUAACUUAAAACACUUUAGUAGAGAGAGAAAAAAGGCCGUACAGUGCCAAUAAAAGGUUUUCCCACUCUUUCAAGGCUUCUUAUUUUACUGUGUAUUUAAUAAGAGGCUCAGUGAACACUGAACCCCAUGCUAACCAAUCAAUGGCAUGUUUCUGGAGUGUUUCGUUAAUUAAGUCUCAGUUAUGUAAAAUAAAGAGGGGUUUUUACAAAGCACAGACACAGGGAGGAAUACUGGAAUACUGUGUAACACUUAAUGUGUGCAGCAUGGGGAUAAAUAUUGACAAUAACCCAUUUAAUUUUGAGACAGUGGGGUGUUUCUUUAUUGCUCUCAACAGGAUAUUCCCAGGAUCAGUUUCUACCAGAAGUGCCGUAAAUGAUUAUCAGGCUUUAAAUCCUUUUACCUGAUGUAAUUUAAACCAGAAUCUAUUAAACCCAAAUUUUACCAGGUGGAUUUUAGAGAAAGGUGGAUAGAGGAAAAUAUUAUGUGAUUGUUUUACCAGUAUCAGACUAUUGCAUAGUUUCUCUUGCAAUGCCAUUAUGAUCAGUAUUCAGAAUAAUUCAAACAUUGUGGUCACCAUCUGAUGCUCUGUACCAGAUUACAGGAUAAGGUAAAACAGUAAAACAAAACAGAAACAUACAACAGUGCAGAUUAGUUUCGACAGACAAACACACGUAUAGACUUGAUCACUGGCACACACACACAGUUAUAGUUAAUGAUUACAUUUUUAAGCAGCUUUUAUCUUAUUUUUCCAAGUUAGAUUCGAAAAACCUCAGAGAUCUAAUGAUCCUCACAUCAUCGGGCAAUAUUUUCCACUCAUUAGUUGCCUUUACAGAAAAAGCCAAUUUCCCAGUAGCAGUACGAUGAAAUAGGAUGCACAUUUUCUCCCAGAUGAUAUUCUCACUGAUUGAAUCAUUUCUAAAGGGCAAGUAUGCAUAAAAUCAGACAGCAGAGGAAGGGCCAGAUCAUUUACAAUUGUAUAAACAAGACACAAAUUACAAAAUAAUCUAACAUAUUUACAACUCAUAAACUUGUAUUUCUCUAGAAUUCUACAGUGGUGGGAAUGCUGUGGCUUAUUAUUCAAGGCUUUUAGAGUCUGUUUAAAUAAAGUCUGCAUCAAGUGAGAAACAAUGUCUAAUAUGUUUACAUUUUUUAAGGUUGAGUUUUACUUCCAUCUUCAGAUUGUUACCUAAGACUAAUUGACUUAAUAGUCAAGUUUUUGGACUGUGGGAGAAAAUGGAGCAUCUGGAGAAACCAAUGCAUGAACAGGAAGAAUAUGCAAACUGUAGAUUGGGAUUCAAACCAGUACCUUUUUGCUGCAAAAAGUACCCUUUUGCAACUAACUGUACAAGUUAGUUGCCUUGCAGCAACAUACUCAAAAGCCGACAUAGGUGCAGUUACUCAUUAAACUUAACUGAGAAAAACAACCAUUUUUGAAGAGUGUGAAAAUACAGAAACUUUUUAUGCCCAAAACAUUUAUGUAAUUUAAGGUCUUUCUUUUAAUAAGGUAAACAUGUGAUACCCUAUCAUAAGUUGGAUCUAUUAUAAUUUUGUUAUUCCCUUUCAACUUUAUUUUUUAAAUUUUAUAUUAAGUUUUUUGUUAAGCAGGGACAAUUAGUUACAAUAAAAAUAUUGGUGGUUUUAAUAAGAAAAGAAGAAUCUUAUUUUCAUGGAGCCCGAGUUUUUUCCCCUUUGUACUUCCUGGGUAAAAAUUUAGUCAUCACUGCACUUUACAAAACAUUCAGCUGAUCCAUAUUCUUCACAGACAUACUUUUGAUGUUCCACAAAGGUAUGUGGAACAUCAAAAAAAUUAGCAAAAUUUCCUCACAUUUAGACCCACAGAUGUGCCUGCAUAUAUGGCAAGACAAGAGACAGAGUGACAGGAGGAUUGCUAUGAGGGCUCUCAAGGUUGGGUUAUCUUAGGGCAGGAAAACACAUCUGAAAAACAACCAGGACUUAAAAUGGCCUGAUUCUACAGAAUUUUUUUUUGUAGAAACCUUGGAGAUAACACACCUGAGUCUGGACCUUUCCCUGGGAGGGUCGGAAAACUUUCCCUUAUCACAGAUGGAGAAGACAGCCAUAAAUUAAACGUCAUAAAAUAACUUUAAUGUAGGACUGAGCUUAGAUUUACCAAAUACUCUCUACCAAAGUUAAAUAUAUGUUUUCCCUCUGGUAAAGCCUUACAAAUUCAUCCAGAACUGUCCGGUGGUCUAUUUUAACUGAAUCUUCAUCUCAUCAGUGACAGGAUGACAUUUUUAUGGACAGGUGUUAAUGUUCAUUGAUACCAGCAGGAUAUUAACAGCUUUGCACAUCCAACUAAUAUCAAAGAAAAAUUAAUCCCUUUAAUCCACUCUAACAAUAAGCGAGUCUCCAAAACCAGUUUUAUAAAGAAUGAACCCUUUACAAAAACAAAUGACUUUGAAUAUUGCUUGCUAUCUUGUACUUGAACUAUCCUGUGUUGUUCUGCCAGAGCAACAGGCUUUGUUUAUUUCAGUGCUUUGGGGUCAGGGUCUUGCAGGUUCAUUGCGGUGAUUACUCUGACUGCCUUCCAACCGCUCGCAACGAGCCCCAACCGGAGGUACGUGUACUUAAUCAUAAUGAGCUACCGCCACGCACACGUCUGCUUUUAAUGUCAAGGUCACGGCAAAUCGAAACAACCAGACCGCUGCUUGAAUUAGCUCCAUAAAUCAACAGAUGGAGGCGAUUAAUUGGAAUCUUCUGAUUCAGGAAAUUCAAUAGAAAGAAUUAUCUUGACAGUACUUCAGCUUUUUGGUGAGAGAAGCUCAUAUGUCGGUUAGUUCAGGGCAAAGUUUUAAAUCAUAGCGAAGUACUUUUUUUUUUCCUUCUUGCACUCUGUGUAGGAUUCCAGAGGCAGAAUGGUGAGUCCCUCUCUGUUACAGUAAGACGAUCGUGGCGUUCACCUUGGACUUACAGAAAGCAAGGAAAGAUACUGUACAUCCUCUUCAAGGACUCUACUGAGCUGAUGUAGAAAAAUAAACAUUGGAGUGAAUCUGUAGGCAUGAAUGGCCUUGGAUCGUUUCUUGAUCAGUGAUUCUUUAUUCUCUAUACGCUCCUCAAUCUACAGUAUGCUUCUGUAAUAUUCUUUAUACUAACUUAAUUUUUUGUCACUUUUGUCAAUAUGAUUGUUUUGAAGAACUUUAUAGACUUACUAAAAUCCAAGAUGAUUUGUAUGACUGUGAUUUGCUGUUUUGCCUUGGGUCUGACCAAUAAAGUCUAUGAUAAGAGGAA